GGAAAAGGGGGGGGGAGAGAGAAAAAGGUGUGAACAGUUAAUGGCGGAGCAGUAUAAGGAAUCGCUUCUCUCUAGAAAUCUUAUUGCCAUAGCUGUUUUGUUUUUUUUUCUCUUUGUAAGAAGAAGAAAUUAAAAAAUUUACAGAGAAGAAAGAAAGAGAGAUGAAGAAGAAGCAAUAAAAAUUGUUACUUCUUUGAAAGAAAGAAAGAAAGAAAGAAAGAAAAAAAGCUUCUCAAGAAAGUGUUAUCGAGAUGCGAGCUAAGUCCGGUAGUAGUAAAGGAACCUUCUCUGUACUUCUUCUCUUUCUCCUUUUGAUUCUCAUUUUGCCCAGUCUUUAAUUUUUCUUUCCGUUUUUUCUAUUUCACUUUCCUUUUCUUCUUCUUCUUCUUCUUCUUCUUUAAUUUCACUCUUUCUUGCUUGGGGUUUUUUUUUCUUUCUUUUCUUGGAUUUUUAAAAUUUUGAUUGAGGUCUCAAGAAGUCUUCUUAAGUUUUCUUGGGGGUUGUUGGGUAUUGGAUCUGUUUCUUGGUUCUUGAUUAUUAUUAGUUAUUACUUCAAAAAAAAAAAAGAUUGGCUAAAUAAUACUUGUGGGUUUUUUUUUGAUCUAGGGUUUGAUGUAGGACUUUUGAUUCUGAAACCAAAACAAAAAAAAAAAAAAAAAAAAAAANAAGUUUUUUUUUUUUAUUUCUUAUCCAAAUCUACCCACCAUUUUUGUUGUGGGAGGUUUUCUUGUUUUGAUUAUUUUGGGUUUAUAUACUCCUUUUUAAACCAAAGUCAGAGAUUUGAGUUUUGUUUUUUGUUUCCAUUCAAAAUCUGGGUGAGAAAGAAAGAAAAGAUAGAGAGUAAGGAAGAGGAGGAAGAGAAUAGAGAGAUUUGUUUUUCAAGUAAAUAUUUUGAUUGUUUAUGGGAAUACCUGAUGGUUCACUGCUAGAUCUAAUUGUUAAGGUUAGGUCUUGGAUAACUUCGGAUUCAAGUGAUUCUUUCUCCUUGUCAUCAUCUAAACAAGACUUUGGAAUUAUGCCUAUCGUUUCCAAAAUGUGUCAUGACUGUGGAACCAAGCUUGACCAAGGUUAUUCUUGUCUUGGCUGUGGUUGUUGUUGGUGCAAGAGUUGUUGUUUCUCUGACUCUUGUGAUACACAAGAGAGGAUUAAGCUUUGCAGAGAAUGUGAUGGUGAGGUUCGUGAGUUCAGGGUUAAGAGCUAUGAUAAGGUUCAUCCCAGGGAUAGCCCUGAUCCGCCUUCUUCCCUCGCUGUUGCUGAUGAAAGCGAGAGUCUUCUUGCUUCCAGUCUUGAAAUCCGUGAUUGUAGGAACAUUGCUUCUAUUCGUUGCUAUCCUAGCAGGGGAGAGGAAGACGAGGGAAGAUAUAAACAGUUCUUAAGCCCUUCGAGUGAAUACAAUCAGGACAGUUCAGAUAUAGAGUCGGGUAGUGUUAGUGCUAGACAUGAGCAAUUUAGUUGUAAAUCUUCUGCUGGUUCCAGUCCUCACGACAGUCCAUUAAGGAACAAUUUUAGUCCUCUUGGGCGCUUUGUGCAGCACGCCAAAGACCUAAGCCCUACUGUUGGUUCUUUUGAUCAACAUCAUCAUCAAGAACAACAACAACAACUUAUGGCUGGUGAUUUAGCUAAGUCAGGUCAGGGGGCAUUGGAUCCAGAAGAUCACGAGGAAGAAGAGGAUAAGUUGCAACAGCCGUUGGAUUUUGAGAACAACGGCCGCAUCUGGUAUCCUCCACCUCCAGAAGAUGAGAAUGAUGACGCUGAGAGUAAUUACUUUCAAUAUGAUGAUGAAGACGAUGAUAUUGGGGACUCUGCUACCGAGUUUUCAUUGAGUAGUAGCUUUUCUAGCCACAUUCCUACAAGAGAAAAAUUAGGAGAAAACAGCAAUGAACCUCUUCGAACUGUGGUACAUGAUCACUUCCGAGCUCUUGUUUCAGAGUUAUUGCGUGGGGAGGAGCUUUGUCCAUUGGAUGAUGGCAAUGCUGCAGACUGGCUUGAUAUUGUCACUGCUUUAGCGUGGCAGGCUGCUAAUUUUGUAAAGCCAGAUACUCGUGCUGGCGGUAGUAUGGAUCCCGGGAAUUAUGUGAAAAUAAAAUGUGUAGCAUCUGGAAAUCAAAAUGAGAGCAUUCUCAUCAGGGGAAUAGUGUGUAGCAAGAACAUUACGCAUAAGCGAAUGACAUCGCAGUACAAAAAUCCAAGGGUGCUUCUUUUAGCUGGAUCUCUUGAGUAUCAGAGAGUUGCAGGCCAAUUAGCAUCCUUUAACACGUUGCUUCAACAGGAAGAUGAACAUAUGAAGGCGAUAAUCGCAAAAAUAGAGUCUCUUCGUCCUAAUGUUCUGCUGGUAGAGAAAAGUGCUUCUUCAUAUGCCCAACAAUACCUUCUAGAGAAGGAAAUAACAUUGGUGCUCAAUGUGAAAAGGUCAUUGCUGGACCGUAUAGCUCGCUGCACCGGUGCUGUUAUUUGCCCCUCAGUGGAUAGUAUUAGUACUGCUCGAUUGGGGCAUUGUGAGCUGUUCCGAACUGAGAGAGUGUUGGAGCAACAUGAAGCUGGCAACCAGUUAAACAGAAAACCAUCAAGAACAUUGAUGUAUUUUGAAGGGUGUCCUAGGCGCCUAGGUUGCACGGUUUUGCUUAGGGGAAGUUGUCGCGAGGAGCUGAAGAAGGUUAAGCAUGUUAUUCAGUACGCUGUAUUUGCAGCUUAUCAUUUAUCAUUGGAGACAUCAUUCCUUGCGGACGAAGGUGCUUCUCUGCCUAAAGUUAGACUGAAGCAACCAGGGAUGGUGCGGACAGCAUCACAAAGGAGAAUAAUUGAUGAAGGCAUUUCGCUAAUAACUCAAUCUCCUACAAAAACUGAUGGUCAAGCUUUGAUUGAUACAGCUGCGCAUGAAGAUGAAAACAAAGCCCCAAUGCCAGAGCAUGAACUUUGUGAAUCACUGUGCGAGGAUUUUGAUCCUAGUCAGAUAUUCCCAACUGGGAUGAUAUCUUCUGAAGUUGAGACUGAACAAUCUGAUGCCCUGAAUGGAGUUUUUUCCAAUAAUUUGGUAACAAGACCAUAUUCGUCGAAUCAGUUAAAUGAUAUGCAAGAUCACACUCUGUGCUUGAGUAGUGAAAUCCCUGAAACACUGAUUCAACUGCCGAGAGGUGAAGAAGAGAACAGCAGAAAUGAAGAAGAAAACCAAUUAGUGAACACGCACGAUUUGUCACAAAAUGAGAGAUUCGAUGAAGAUGAUGUUUCUAGCGAAUAUUUCUCUGCUGCGGACUCUCAUCAGAGCAUAUUGGUCUCAUUUUCAAGCCGUUGUGUUCUGAAAGAAUCAGUAUGUGAACGCUCACGACUCUUGCGGAUUAAGUUCUAUGGAUCAUUUGACAAACCUCUCGGAAGAUAUUUGAAAGAUGAUCUUUUCGAUAAGAAUUCAAGUUGUAGAUCCUGCAAGGAGCUGGUUGAUGCGCAUGUCCUCUGCUAUUCUCAUCAGAAUGGAAACCUUACCAUCAAUGUUAGACGUCUACCUUCAAUGAAGCUUCCUGGUGAACAAGAUGGGAAGAUAUGGAUGUGGCAUCGCUGCUUAAGAUGUGCACAUGAAGAUGGAGUCCCACCUGCUACUCGUAGAGUUGUUAUGUCUGAUGCUGCUUGGGGACUGUCUUUUGGAAAGUUUCUGGAACUUAGCUUUUCGAAUCAUGCAACAGCGAAUCGCGUUGCCUCUUGUGGCCAUUCACUUCAGAGAGACUGCCUUCGAUUCUAUGGAUUUGGGAAUAUGGUUGCGUUCUUUAGAUAUUCUCCCAUCAAUAUACUUACUGUCCUCCUACCUCCAUCAAUGUUGGAAUUCAACAGCCAUCCUCAACCGGAGUGGAUACGGACAGAAGCUGCCGAGCUUGCUGGUAAAAUGAGGACUAUGUAUGGGGAGAUAUCUGGUAUGCUCAACCGUAUGGAAGAAAAAAGCAGUUUGCUUGAACCUGAACAAUCUGAAGCCUCUGAUCUGCAGAGUCGUAUCAUGGGGUUAAAAGAUCAACUCGUUAAGGAAAAAGAUGAAUAUGAUGACGUACUGCAGCCUAUCUUUGUGGAGGAUCUUCAAGUUCAAGGGAGUUUGGAUAUUCUAGAGCUGAAUCGACUAAGACGGGCACUCAUGAUUGGUGCUCAUGCUUGGGAUCAUCAGCUCUACUUGUUAAACUCUCAACUCAAGAAAGCAUCUGUCUGUAAAACUGGUGACGGCAAUGUUUCACGGAAUCCAGAGGUGCAGGAUGCUCCAAAGAUUGAUCAUAGACAGCAGGAAGGUCAAAAAGAUGGGGAAGAAAAAGCACAUACUGAUUCAGAAGCUAAUGGUGAUAACAAAGAUACAGAUAACAUGCUUUCACCUGGCACUUCCCUGUCUGAGAGGAUAGAUUCAGCGUGGUUGGGCUCGUUUCAGAAUCUUGAGAAAGCCGAGACAAUUGCUAAUACAGAAGGCUUUUCAGCUGCUAAUUCUCCUCUCCGGAGGCUUGCCAGGCCGAUUCGGGUCCAGUCUUUUGAUUCAGCUAUACGAUUUCAAGAACGGAUCCAAAAAGGUUGGCCACCGUCUUCUUUGUAUCUCUCGACACUCAGAUCUUUCCACGCGUCUGGCGAGUACAGGAAUAUGGUGAGAGACCCUGUUUCAAAUGUGAUGAGGACUUACUCUCAAAUGUUGCCGCUGGAAGUACAGAAGUUGGAUCUGAUUGUUGGUUCAGUGCCUACAUACAUCUCUUCAGCUUCUCAAAUGGCUGAUGGAGCGAGGAUGCUGAUUCCUCAACGUGGCCUUAAUGAUAUCGUGGUUCCUGUAUAUGAUGAUGAUCCGGCAAGUGUUGUAUCGUAUGCUAUCAACUCCAAGGAGUAUAAGGAGUGGAUCGUUAACAGAGGUAUUACUACUAGUAGUAGUAGCAACAACUUGAAUAAUAGAGAGUCUGAACCUUCCACGUUCUCGACUUGGCGUUCUCUGUCGAUGGAUGUUGAUUACAUACAACACGCGGUGUAUGGUUCUUCCCAAGACGAUAAAAAGUCUCCACAUUUGACCAUUUCUUUCAGCGACCGUGCUACUUCAUCCUCUAGUGCAACUGAAGGUAAAGUGAAGUUCUCUGUGACGUGUUAUUUUGCAACGCAGUUUGAGACUCUGAGAAAGACGUGCUGUCCGAGCGAAGUGGACUUUGUGAGAUCUUUGAGUCGGUGCCAGAGAUGGUCUGCACAGGGAGGGAAAAGCAAUGUUUACUUUGCUAAGUCAUUGGACGAGAGGUUCAUUAUAAAACAAGUUGUCAAAACCGAGCUGGAUUCUUUCGAAGAUUUUGCACCUGAAUACUUCAAAUAUUUGAAGGAGUCACUCAGUUCCGGGAGCCCCACUUGUCUUGCUAAGAUUCUUGGUAUUUACCAGGUCUCAAUUAAACACCCAAAAGGUGGAAAAGAGACGAAAAUGGAUUUGAUGGUGAUGGAGAAUCUCUUCUACAACAGAAGAAUAUCUAGGAUCUAUGAUCUCAAGGGAUCUGCACGGUCACGGUACAAUCCAAACACAUCGGGAACAGACAAAGUUUUGUUGGACAUGAAUCUGCUUGAGACACUGCGCACAGAACCUAUAUUUCUUGGUAGCAAGGCCAAGAGAAGCUUGGAAAGAGCCAUAUGGAACGAUACAAACUUCUUGGCUUCUGUGGAUGUAAUGGACUAUUCAUUGCUAGUUGGGUUCGACGAAGAGCGUAAGGAGUUGGUUCUUGGGAUCAUCGACUUCAUGAGACAGUACACAUGGGACAAGCAUCUUGAGACAUGGGUUAAAGCCUCAGGCAUUUUGGGUGGACCCAAGAACGCUUCUCCAACCAUAGUCUCACCAAAACAGUACAAGAGGAGGUUUAGAAAGGCCAUGACCACUUAUUUUCUCACUGUUCCUGAGCCAUGGACCUCUUGAGUGGAAAAAUGAAAAACAUUUUUCAUCAUUCUUUUGUUUACUGACUGAUUCCAAUUUGUUCUUCUCAAAUAAAAAGGGAAAUUGGUUAACAGACAGAUAUUAAUACAGGUUCGAACCUGACUGAUUGAUUUAUCUUUUUUUUUUUUGGGUGUGUUGGUUGCUCUCUGAGUCUGGAGAAUUAUUGUAUAUUGUAAUUAUCGGCCAAACUAAAGCCCCCCAAAUUGAAAGAAAAAUACUAAUGAUUUGCCUUUUUCUUA